UUCCACCCUUCAAUCCAUCGCGACUGCUGCAGUUCCACCAGAACCAAUUCAGUUCAUUUCGAUUAAUCAAUUGCUCCUUCGAUCACACAGUCCAAUCACUUACCCCACUUAACCGAGGUCCCAAGGUCCCUCAAGUGAUGAGGAUGCAAUUGCAGCCCAAAGUGCACUCCAAGCUUGCGGUGGUCCUGACGGCGGUCUCUCGGGAUUGAGAUUGAUUGAUUUGAUUGAUUGAUUCCCCUGCAGAACGCCAUCCAUAUCGGAAACAUCCCGAUACUCUCGGAGACACGGACAAAAAUGCUUUCUCUCCCUCUUAUCGUGCCGCGUGAUUCACACGAUCUCUGGUUCACCCCUUCCCAACCCUACCGCACCUUCACCCCUGCUGCCACGGACACAACCCAGGGUCCCGGGCCCGGUCAAGGCCUUGGUCCUGGUCCGAACGCUCGUCGCCACGGCCACCGUCUCUCCUCGACAAACCACCACAACCCGUCCACCUCCACCUCUACCAACUCAAACCAAAAUCAUGGAAACAAUACCCUGUCCUCCCUCCUCCUUGAGGAACGCGCCUUGCGCGCCCGCAAAAACAAUAUCGCGUCCUUUGGCUGCUCGUGGAUAAAACCCGCUGGGUGUCCGAAGACUAUGCUGGGGAUGAAAGAGGAAGAAGCGGAACGGGCAGAGGCGAUGGCGGCUGCGGAUGCAGAGUUUGCUGCUGCUUCGGCGGCGGCGGCGGCGGCGGCUGCAACGGGGGGAGAAGGAGAGGCAGAAGAAGGGGAAGGGGAGACGGGUAUGGAGAGGGAUUUGGAUGCGGAGAUCCCGGAUGCGGAUGGGGAGGGGGAUACGAGGAUUGAGCAGGACGAUGAUGAUGACGAGGAUGGAGAAGGCGAAGAUGAAGACGAGGGGCUUGUGGAGGAAGGCGAGGAGGGCUUAGAAGACGAGGAAGGGUAUAUGGAGCGGGAUUUGGAUGAUGAUAUUCCCGAGGCGUUUCAUGACGAUGACGAUUACUUGGAAGAAGAAGACGAAGACGACUUUGAUAACCAACCCGAUCUGGACGACGACAUCCCUAGCGCCGACAACGGCAUUUCAGACGACGAAGACGACGAAGACAUGAGCGACCUCAAUGCAGAACAGGAAGAAGCCAUGGACCGCGACUUGGACAACGAUAUCCCCGAAGCCGGAGUACCCGACGACGACGACGAAGAAGAAUGGCAACACACAGAUACAGAUGCCGAAUUGGACGACGAGGAAGACGAGGUCAGUUUUUCCGUUGAUCCGUUCCGCGCAAGUACAGCGAGCAGCACGCGCGGGUUACCUGGAUAUCCUCCUCCGCAUCUACCUCCGCACUCGCACUCGCAGCCACGAAGAGAAACGGAAGCCCAGCGCCGCUUUCUCCAGCGCUGGAGCGGGGGCGGCGACGCCUUCGACACGAGCAGUAUGAUGGUAGAUGAGGAUGACCUGCGCGCAUCCAUGGUGAGCCAGGGAAGUCGGGGGAGUGUAUUUGGCCGGUUUCCGCGACGGAGAUCAGGGCUGCCGAGGGAUAGUCUUGAAUAGUUUUUUUUUUUUUUUUUGUUUUUUUUU